AUGCACGGCAGCAAGAACCUGACCAGGAUUGAACAGACCCAGGCUUAUGGAUAUCUGUUUGCUAUGAAUAGAGACAAACCACAUAUACUAGAGGUUGUUGUGGACUCCUGGCCUGAUUUUAAAACCAUCAUUUGUCGACCGCACCCACAGAGUGAACACACCCUGCUUCAUAAUGAGGGACUGACUUUCUUCAGUACUGAUGAGAAGGUUCUUAAGAGAAUGUUGACAGAAGACAGCAUCUUAGAUUGUAAAAAAUACUUCAAAAUUCGAGGGAUUGACAUGCUUCAUACCACCAUGCUGAAGGACAUUUCUGCCACAAAAGAUGUCACAAUGAGACCGUGUGGUGUAACUCACCUCCUGGAAUUACAAGACCCAAAUCACCUUCCUCACCUGACAGUGAGCAGAGAUGUGGAGGCCAGGAUCUCCUCCCUGAAUGAAUUCCAUGUCGGUUUGGUGAAUGAAACCUGGAAACGUGGAGAUGAUGAAAAAGGUUUUCAACGAAUCAAACAUCUGAUAAGCCACUUCCCCACAUGUUGCAUCACUGAUGAAGAAGGCCGUUCAGUUUCCUGGGUGCUGCUGUAUGAUUACUGUGCCAUGGGGAUGCUGUACACCCUGCCAGAGCACAGGGGGAAGGGCUAUGCCAAGAUCCUGGUGAGCACCAUGGCAGCAAGGCUCCAUGCCCAGUGUUACCCUGUGUACUGCUACGUUUUGGAGGAGAACCAGGUUUCCUACAGGCUCUUUAAGAAACUGGGCUUUACUGAAUACCUCUCCUUCAGGGCCACCCGGUUUGAGUUCAACUACUAAACCAGUCUUACUUUUGAGGAAAAUUACAAGUGUGGUGACUUUUCUAAAAUACGUCUGUUAUGUUGGCUUUUGCAAUUGAGCACGGCCUGAGAGUUAGUGUUUGACUCGCAAUUACUCAGGCUGUCCUUUUUGGAAAAAGGCGAUUUCAAAAUGUUGAAUUCUAAAUAAUUUCGGCAAUUUUCAACCAACAGGCACAAACAGGACACUUGAAAGAAGUGUACGAUGCUAUACACAAAGCUCAAUCAAAUAUGGAUUCCCAUAAAGAACCACAUUCUUGUUCAUGUUGUUAGCUGUAUUAAAAAGAGCAGUGAUGGCUGAUGACCUGUGGUCUGCUUCAAAGCUUUGCUCUGCACUGCACAUUAGACACACCUGGCCGAGGUUUUGGACCCUGAUGCUGGGUUCGAUUCCAAAUUUUAUUCUCUCUUCUGGGUAUCAGUUCUGAAAUCAUGAAAGGGGAGGGAAUGAUUAUAUUCCCUUGCUUCCUUGUUCUUCCCUCCCUACAAGUGCAUAAAAUGCUUCCCGCAAGAAGGGAAAUCCCACAAUGCAAUGUUCUUUAAGGUGGACUGGCUGGAAUACCCUUUCUUAGUUGCGCUCAUACACACUGUCAGUGGGCGGGUGGGGUGGUGUUCCUCUGGUGGUGGUGCUCCUCUGGUGGUGGUGCCAAAAAAGUUAACAACCUUCCGCAACAACACCCAAUUCUAUUCCAGUUGGCCAUAGUCCCUUCUCUGCACCUUGUUGCUUUUAAAUUGAAAAUGGCUAGGGUUCUACAGUAUUGUGUACAAGUUUUAGGCAGAUGUGUAAAAUGCUGUAAAAUAAGAAUGCUUUCAAAAAUAGAAAUGUUAAUAGUUUAUUUUUUAUCAAUUUACAAAAUGCAUGAACCGAAGCAGUGAAUGAACAGCAGAAAAAUCUGACCACCCUUUGCCUUCAAAACAGCAUAAAUUCUUCUUGGUAUACUUGCACAAACGUUUUGAAGGAACUCGGCAGGUUGGUUGUUCCAAACGUCUUGGAGAACUAGCCACAGUUCUUCUUUGGAUUUAGGCAGCCUCAAAUGAUUCUGUCUCUUCAUGUAAUCCCAGACAGACUCGAUGAUGUUGAGAUCAGGGCUCUGUGGGGGCCAUACCAUCACUUCCAGGACUCCUUGUUCUUCUUUACACUGAAGAUAGUUCUUCAUGACAUUGGCUGUAUGUUUGGGGUCGUUGUCCUGCUGCAGAAUAAAUUUGGGACCAAUCAGAUGCCUCCCUGAUGGUAUAGCAUGAUGGAUAAGUAUCUGCCUGUACUUCUCAGCAUUGAGGAGAUUGCUUCUUCCUGAUUUGUUCAAA